AUGAGGGAAGAUGAGGAUUUGGUUUACAAAUCUCCUUCUGAGAUGUCUAAUUAUUUAAGAAUUCCAGACUUUGAUAACGAUAAUUUUAAAGAACUGAGUUCAGAAGGCUCUAAAAAUAUAGAACUGCCAAUUUCAAACUCUGUUGAUAUUUUAUCCCCCGAGGAAGGCAGUAUAACCAGAUGUGCAAAUGUUUUUGAUAAGUUGGAUGUUUUUGACUCAGAUGAUAAUGAUUUUGGUAGCACAUUAUGCGACUCCUAUAGCGACUCAUCAAAUUUUCGCACUAAUAGUUUGAUGAACAAGUUAACUCAGUCAAGAGGCGCUUUUAAUGACAAAUACCAUGAUAGUGAUAGAGAAAGCAAUUUGAGUUUGACGUUUUCAGACCGUGUUUUGAGGGAAAGACAACGGAUGAUCAGGAAGAAAAUAAUUUCUGAAGACUAUCACACUUCCACUUCAAAAAGCCGUGGACGUAAUAAGUUGCAUUCCCGUAAGACUCAUAGUGGACCUACCCUUAAAAAAUUCUCUCUACUCACGGAGGAAGGGGAAUCUAGAAUUGACCUGGACCAAGAAAUUUUGGAAAGAUAUAAAAGGAUAGAUGAUACUAUUAGCAUUCAGAGAGAUGACAUAACCGAUAUUAAACUAAAUCUUGUAAGAUCUAACAACAUUGCUAAAAACGAAGCUCUGUUGGUAAUUCAGGAAAAUGAAAAACUAAUCGCCGAGAAUGAAAACUUAUUGUCCAAACAAGAAAAGUUAGUAUCUGAGCUUGAUGAACUUAAAAGUGAAAACCAACAGAAGUUAGAGAAGAUUAAAUCGCUCCAAAUUGAGGUUGAGGAUUUAAAGUCUGAUUUAAUAGUGGAAAGAAAACAAAACGAACACCUUUUGAAGGAUAAAGUUGACCUUCAGAACCGCUUAAACCUAUUAACUAAGGAAAACAAAUCUUUACUAUCAUCUCAAGAGAUUAUGCAAAACAUGUACAAGAAUGAGAUCGAGGAGUUGAAGGGUAAGAAGAAUGAGCUUUCUGGUAAAAUCUCUAAACUAGAGUCUGACCUUGACUACUUUAGGGACAAUUUGCAGGAAUCGCACAAGAUGAACGAGAUUUUGAAGAGCGAAAUAUCCUCACUGAAAGAAUUAUAUAAAAAUGAAAGCGCUUCCUUUCAAAAACUCAAAAUUGAAAAUAAGAGGCUAAUGGAGAACAACUCUGCCUAUAAGUCACAAAAUUACUCUUUGAUUGAGAUUAACGAUCGGUUAAGGAAUAGAACAUUUUUUCGUAUUCAUAGUGGAGAAGCUUCAACCACUAAUACAAGCACUGCAACUAAUGCCAACUUCACAGAUACCAAUUCUCGUCUUAGUUUCGAUUCCAAUUCUGGUUUAUUCUCCCCUAACACAGGUGAUACCAAAAAUUCACCUUCAAAUUCAGUCUCGACUCUAACACAGCACUCCAAUUAUUUGUCUAAAGUGACCCAAAAAUCCCAUGUAAACAAGGAUAUCGAAGAAGGGUUUCCUUUCUAUCAAAUUUCAGAAGCCUUUAACCUAAACCACUCUGAUCCCAAUUCACCUAAUUCUUUGGAUAGUACAUUAACUAAUCAAGAUACUUUGGUAUCAAACUCCAAUAAUUUAGAUUUGAUUUUGACCCCAGAUAAUCAAAAUUCAAUUGAUCGUUUAGCUUCUGUUGACAAUGUUUUGGUUAUAGGUUCUCAGGCAAAUUAUACCUUCAGCAACUCCUUAGGUGAAGUAAAUUUGGGUGAUCUUAAAUCCGACUCUUUAACACUAAGAAAAGAUACUUCCUUCAACCCUACUACCAAGUGGGUUACUGAUCGUGUUUCUAGAACCUCAAAUUUAGAGGCUCUUGAAAAUCUUAGGGAAAAAAUAAAGAACAUAACCACUGAUUCUGGUGUACAUAACUUCGGUGUAAACUCUAGCUUCAAGUGUUUUCAGAACAACGUCACCAUUAACUUGAUCCAGAACAAGCUCCAGCUCAUAUCUCAGAGGCUGAACGAAACAAUUGUUUAA